AUGAAGCUCCUUAACCUCGUCAGCGGGCUGCUUUGCGCUUCCUCUGCGCUUGCUUUCAAGAGGCCUACCAAGCAUUCGCUUCCCAGGUCUGUAGUCGAGAAGCGCGUGGCCAACCAGCCCUUCUCGCACCCAGAGAUUCAGAAGCGAGCUUCUCGCUUCUUGACAAACAAGACCGAGGCGUUUGCUGUCAAUGGCUCCGGCAUCCCAGAAGUCCCCUUCGACAUUGGCGAAUCUUACGCUGGAUUGCUGCCAAUAAGCGACAGCCCUGAUGAGACACGCAAGCUUUUCUUUUGGUUCUUCCCCUCGACAGCUGAACAGACACCUGAACACGUCACUAUCUGGCUGAAUGGCGGACCUGGCUGCUCUUCACUCUCCGGCUUUUUGACCGAGAAUGGCCCCUUUACCUGGGAGGCCGGCACGCUCGCCCCCGUCCAGAACCCCUACGCCUGGACCAACCUGACCAACAUGCUAUGGGUGGAACAACCGGUUGGCGUUGGAUACUCCCAGGGAAUACCCAACAUCACCAAUGAGGUCGAACUUGCGGCCGAAUUUCGUGGAUUUUACAAAAGUUUCGUCGACACCUUCCAAACUAAGCAUUGGAAGACAUACAUAACCGGAGAAUCUUACGCCGGAUUUUACGUUCCUUACAUCGCCGACGGCUUCAUUUCUGCCAACGACACUGAAUACUUCAACUUGGCCGGUAUCUCGAUCAACGACCCCAUCAUUGGAGAUUCGACUAUCCAGCAGCAGGUGGUCAUCUUACCCUUCGCUGAGCUCUGGCAGAAUCUUUUCUACCUCAACGAGACCUUCCUUGAGCAGGUCCGUGAUCUCCAGGUCCACUGUAACUACUCGUCCUACCUCGAUACCUACUUCAAAUUCCCGCCGCCCCAGGGGCCCUUCCCCCUUCUGCCAAACCCUUACACCCAGGCCGGUGAGUGUGACAUGUUCGACACCUUCACCGACGCUAUCUCCGAAAUCAACCCCUGCUUCAAUAUUUACCACGUCACCGAGACAUGCCCCCACCCAUAUAGCCAGCUCGGCAUAGUGAACGGCGGCGAUUACUCUCCCCCCGGGGCUGUCAUCUACUUCAACCGCACCGACGUCAAGGAGGCUCUGCACGCACCUGUUGACACGAACUGGCAACAGUGUACUGACAAAAAUGUCUUCGGUAACGGCGAUAUCUUCAGCUACGCUUCUGAUACAUCUGUCGGCCCUGCCAACAGCGGUGCUCUUCAGCGCGUCAUCGAGUUCACCAACAACACCAUCAUUGGUUCAGGCGACCUUGACAUGAUCCUGUGUACCAACGGUACUCUGUUGGCCAUCCAGAACAUGACCUGGAACGGUGCACAGGGUCUGUCAGAAUACCCUGCUACACCGCUGUACGCACCGUACCACCCCGAGUACAAUGAUGGCGCUCUUGCCGGUGCGGGUUUCCAGGGUGUUUGGACUGCUGAGCGUGGAUUGACAUUCUACACUGCCCGUCUCGCUGGCCACGAGCUGCCCGGCUACACUCCUGGUGUCGCCUACCGUAUGCUAGAGAUUCUCAUUGGCAAGGUGAAGGAUUUCAGCAGCACGGAGAGCUUCACUACCCAGACCGGCAACUACUCUGGUGAAGUACCUCUCUACAGGUAG